CGUAACAAUACUCCUACCACACUGUUUCUAUCCCAGACAGAUUUGACAGCUGUGGUGCUGUGCUCGUGCAGCUGCUGUUCCGACUGCGUUUUUUGUGCGCCUCUAGCCUCACACGCUUUGCUCACACAAUUAUUUACAUUUUAAUAGGUGCACCGAUAACAAGGCACACUGCGGGGGCCCCCGCCGCGCCGCCGCGCCGAUUCAGCUUGCCCAUUCCUGACGCCGCAUACAUAGCCGGCACCCCACAGCCAGCAAGAGUGCUAGGACCGCUCGCGCUGACAUGGAGGACCCGAAGGUCAAGGAGGCGAUGGGCGCCUUCGCGGCGUAUUUUGAGCCCGCCGACGACGGGAAGCUGAAGUGCCUGGUGAACGGACACUGCUUCCCCGCCAACAGGCCCGAGCAGAUCUCGUCGUUCGUCAACGGCGCUCGCUUCGGCAAGCUCAAGGUGCGCUACGAUGCGGAGCAGGCGCUCAGCAAGUACGAGCCAUUCAUCGUGGUCAGCAAGAACUUCCCCCACAUGCUGUAUUGCGCUCUGACGGGGCAGCUGCUGGAGAAGAGCCUGGCCGCAGUCAAGAAGCACAUGGGCGGCAAGAAGUUCAUUCGUGCCAAGGAGCGGUUUGUGGAGGACAAGCAGGACCUCAAGCCGGAGCCCAGCCUCAGCGACUUCGGCAUCAUUCUGCCGGGCGAGGAGGGCGAGGAGGGGCGCAAGAAGAAGAAGCAGAAGAAGGACGCGGAGGGCGACGAGGAGAUGGAGGAGGCUGACGGCAGCGAGGGCGAGGACGAGGACGAGGAGGAGGAGGGCGAUGGCGAGGGCGAGGACGGGGAGCCUGCGUUUUGGGUGCCACCUGGCGAGGCGAUGGGUCGCAGGAAGAAGGGGAAGGGCAAGGGCGAGGAGGAGGGCGACGGGGAAGAGCAGGGCGAGGAGGAGGAGGAGGAUGACGACGACGAUGAUGAUGAACUUAUGGAGCUGGGGAGCGAGGGCGAGGACGAGGGCGAGGAGGAUGAGGACGAGGGCGAGGAGGAGGAGGAGGACGAGGAGGUGGAGAAGGAGGACGCUGGGCCCAGCGGGCGUGGUGCCUCGGGCAAGGGUAAGGCGGCAGCAGGCAAGCAGGGCGAGAAGCAGCACCAGCAGGGCAAGGGCGCUGCCGCGGUGGUCGUCAACGGCGCAGCGGGCGCAAAGGGCAAGCAGGGGCGGCAACAACAGCAGCCGCAGCAGCAGCAAGCCAAGCAGGCGCCGACAAAAAUAGGCGGGAAAGCGGGUGCCGGGAGUGUCGCUGCAGGGGGUCCUGCGGGCAAGAAGCCGGGGCAGCAGCAGCCGGGCGGGAAGCAGCAGGCGUCAGGCGCCCCGGCCGGCGCUGAGGGCGGCGCCAAGCUCAACAAGAAGCAGCGCAAGGCGGCGGCCAAGGCGGCGGCGGCCGAGCAGGCGGCGCCGCAGCCGGAUGACUUCGACUUUGCGGAGGCGAACGAUGACGUUGCUGCUGAGGAGCCCGCGGCGGCGUCCGCAGCUGCAGCUGGCAAGCCCAAGAAGAAGAAUGUGAACCGGCCGUCGCCCGCAAAGAAGAUGCGCAAGGCGUGAGGCGAUGUGUGCGUGUGCGUUUGUGUGUUGGCGAGAGGGGGAACUGAGAGGGGCAGGUUGGGCGCAUGAUAGCAAACGCGGCCUUAGCAGCACGGCCGCUGAGGGCAUGAGUAGAAGACAUCGUCAUGGCGGUACGGUCUGCUGGCGUAUGCGUGAUGGUGGGUGCUGCAGUGGACGUCAACGGCAGGCGGCACGGGACUGCAGUUGUGCAGUGCUUGCAACCAAGGGCCUCGGCCUUUGUGCCUGUGUGGCUUACUUGCGUUGCAAACACUGUUGGCUGCCGCCUGGCGAGGGGGUAGCCUUGAAGGACCCAAGUAGCAUAGGAAGCGACAUGCUGCAUGGCAGCUGGCAGGAUGCAAGUCGGCAGCGCUACGCAGGAUGCCACUUGGAGCUGGAUGUGGUACGAUAGAAAGGACAGCUAGAGGUAUAGUCCGUGAGUGGGUGGUGGGUGAUUGAGAGAACACCUGUGCCGCUGCGCCUUUGGCAAUGUAGCCUGUGGUCCUGGGAAGCUGCAAUCGGUUCCACCGUUCCAGAUGCAAUUGCGCCCCGUACCUGUUGCGGCACCGCAGCGGAGCAGAACCCAUGCGUAAAAUUGUUGGGCCGGCGCUUUGAGCAGGCGGCAAUCAGCUUCGCGGGGAGCAUGUAAGGUCCCACACAC